AGUGUCCUAUAGAGACUUAAAAAAAAGUGUUUACUCUCACUCCAAACACUGUUACCUUAUCUCUUUCUCAUCUUCUCCUUGUCCGAUCAGCCACAGAACAACGAGAUUGAUAAGAGGAGGAUGACCGAAAGUUGUGAACGGAUCCAGGCUGAGUUGGGUCGGAUCGAGGAAGAAACCCCGACGACUUUGGGUUGUCUCGCCGUAGAUCUGGGUUGGGGCUCGAAAACGCUGGUGGCAGGAGUGAGAUUAUGUGGUGGAAUUUUACAGGUAUUCACCUUUGUCGGUCUUAGUUUUCAAAUUAUGGUUUUAGUUUAGAACACAUACUCUUGCGGUGAGACUCUGUUCUAUAUUUGUUUCAGAAUUUAUUACCGGAGGAGUGGUCGUGACGUUGGUGGAAGGAGGUCGGUGAGGAGACAAGGGAUUAGAGAAGUGGCGGGCUAAUCAGAGAUGCAAGUAGCAGGAGGAGGAUGACGAUGAUGAUUGAUGAGAGAGCCGUCGAUGCUGGUUCGUGAAUCAGCGGUGGAGCAGCUCGAGGAGAGGCAAAACGAUUGGGCUGACUCAAAGUCUGUGGUGGUUCUUGAUUUCGUUUGUAACCUUGCUUUCGUUUCCGUUGAUGCAUUUGUUAUUGUGCUUAGCAGCGAUGAGAAGUCCAAUACGCCGCUCAGGGUUUUGAUUAUUGGGUAUGGGUUGCAAUGUGUGAUGCAUAUGUUUUGUGUUUGUGUUGAGUAUCGUAAGAGAAGUAAUAGGAUUCAAAUCUCUCCUUAUUCUAUGGAGGAUCAAUACUUAGAGAGUGGAAGCCAAAGAUACAAUGUUCUCAUUUAUAUGGUGGACCAUUUGAUUCUAUUGGGUAUCUUCUGGUGGCCAAGAGCUAACACAAGGAUCACCUCACCUUUAAUGGUUUUGUAUAGUGUUUCUUGGUAUCAAUGUGUUCUUUGUGGUUUUCUAUGUUGCACUGGCUUGUGUGGUCGGCAUUGCGGGUUGCUGCUGCUUCCAUUGCAUCAUUGCAGUUCUAUACGCAGUGGCAAAACAUCUUCUUUUGAGUUGUUGAGGAAGGAACGUCAAAAAGUAUUCCAGGAGACGCAAAAAUCAAACCCAGACUUGCGUAAAAACGACUUCGAUUUUACUGAGAAGCAAGUAGAAGUGAUGAAGUCCAAACUCUCGGGAGUGAGGAAAGUAAUGAGGCGGAGAUGAGCAGCGGCGAGAUAAACUAGAACUUUGUGAUAGAAUAAAUUAGAUCUUAAGACUUGUGAUUGUUAUAUACUUAUAUUGCGAGAUGAUAUUUAUUUGUCAAUUUACAUGUAGCACUAUUAUUUAUAUAUGAGCAUUUGGUUGAUUCUGAAUUUUGAUCAAUA